AUGGCAGAAGCAUGGAAUACCUUACUGGGGAUAUUAUUUUUAUGCUGUUGGUCGUCUACAAUGGGAGCUAAAAACUACGUCCUAUACAAAGAUGCAACUAAGCCAGUUGAGGUAAGGGUCAAGGAUUUGCUAGGCAGGAUGACACUUGAAGAGAAGAUUGGACAGAUGGUUCAAAUUGAACGAGCUAACGACUGGAAUGAACUAGAAGAAUGUGUGCUUUCAGGGAGUUUAUUUAGUGGAGGAGGAAGCGUGCCAGCUGAUAGGGCUUCUCCAAAACAAUGGAUUGAUAUGGUGAAUGAGUUCCAAAAGGUCCAUGGCCACAACAAUGUUUACAAGGCAACCAUUUUCCCACAUAAUGUUGGCCUUGGAGUUACCAGGGAUCCUGCUCUUGUAAAGAAGAUUGGUGCUGCAACUGCGGCUGAAGUCCGAGCAACUGGGAUUCCUUAUGCUUUUGCUCCAUGCAUUGCUGUUUGUAGAGAUCCAAGAUGGGGCAGGUGUUACGAAAGCUACAGUGAAGACCACAAGAUUGUCCAAACGAUGACUGAAAUCAUCCCUGGUUUGCAAGGAGAUGUGCCUUCCAAAUUUAAAAGUGGCACCCCUUUUGUUUCUGGCAAAGACAAGGUUGCAGCUUGUGCCAAGCACUAUGUUGGUGAUGGCGGCACGAUCAAGGGGAUUAACGAAAACAAUACCAUCGUUACUGACAAUGAACUCUACAACAUUCAUAUGCCUGCUUACUUGAAUUCACUUGAUAAGGGUGUUGCAACAGUCAUGGUAUCCUACUCGAGUAUCAAUGGCGUAAAAAUGCAUGGUAAUCGUAAAUUGGUUACCGGUUUUCUCAAGAGGAAACUCAAGUUCAGGAGUUUUGUCAUCUCAGAUUGGGAAGGAAUCGACAGGAUUACCUACCCACCUCAUAAGAACUACAGUUAUUCUAUUCUGAAGUCGGUUAAAGCUGGCGUCGACAUGUUUAUGCUUCCUUACAAUUACACAGAGUUUAUUAAUGGUUUAACCGAUUUGGUUAACAAGAACGCCAUUCCCAUGAACCGCAUAAAUUAUGCAGUCAAAAGAAUCUUGAGGGUCAAGUUCGCAAUGGGUCUCUUUGAAAAUCCACUUGCAGAUUACAGUUUGAUUGACAAGCUCGGAAGCCAGGAACAUAGAGAACUAGCUAGGGAAGCUGUGAGGAAAUCCCUAGUGCUGUUAAAAAAUGGCAAAUCUGCUAAAAGACCAGUGUUGCCUCUGCCUAAGAAAGCAGGCAAGAUCCUAGUUGCUGGAAGUCAUGCUGACAAUUUGGGCAAUCAAUGUGGUGGCUGGACAAUCAAAUGGCAGGGACAAGAGGGGAAUAACCUGACUAUCGGAACCACCAUCCUUCAAGGCAUCCAAGCUGCGGUGGAUCCAAGCACUAAAGUAGUCUUCAAUGAGAAUCCUGACACUAAAUACGUCAAGUCCCAAGACUUCUCCCAUGCCAUUGUUGUUGUAGGGGAGCCUCCAUAUGCAGAGACAGCAGGUGAUAAUCAGAACCUGACGCUCCCACAUCCUGGUCCGAAGACAAUCAAAAACGUCUGCGGGGCUGUCGAAUGUGUUGUAGUCAUCGUCUCCGGUAGACCACUUGUGAUCGGACCAUAUGUUCCAGAAGUUGAUGCUCUUGUGGCAGCAUGGCUUCCAGGAAGUGAAGGCCAAGGUGUUGCCGAUGUCCUUUUCGGCGACUACGGAUUCACCGGCAAGUUGGCUAGAACUUGGUUCAAGAGAGUUGAUCAGCUUCCAAUGAAUGUUGGUGACAAACACUAUGAUCCACUCUUCCCAUUUGGUUUUGGCCUUGAGACUAAGCCAUCAAACUAG